AUGGCAGCCACCACGGGCUCGGGAGUAAAAGUCCCCCACAAUUUCCGACUGUUGGAAGAACUUGAAGAAGGCCAGAAAGGAGUAAGAGAUGGCACGGUUAGCUGGGGUCUAGAAGAUGACGAAGACAUGGCAUUUACAAGAUGGACAGGGAUGAUAAUUGGGCCUCCAAGGGUGGACCCAAGAGCCAUAUCAGUGCUAGCAAAAUGGCAGAAUUCAUAUAGCAUCAAAGUUGUCCUGCAAGAGCUUCGGCACCUAAUGAUGUCUAAAGAAAAUAUGAAACUCCCUCAGCCACCUGAAGGACACUCCUUUGUGAUGCUGGCAGCAGGUCCAAUUGAUGUGAAAUCAACGAGGGCCACAAGGUCUGCUAUGAAGGUGGAUGUGAAGGAGCUGCGCUGCCCGCAGGUGACCUGA